ACUUGUGAGCUAAACAUUCUAGUAAACAACACAAGCAGUAGUAAUAUAUUUAUAUUCUAAGAGAUGGCCGGCAUUUUGGGGCAGCAGCCAAAGACACAGCUGAUCAGGGGAGAGCAGCAGUCGUUGUUGUCGCCGUUGAACUCCACCGCUGUCACAAAACCGGUGACUCAGCAGCCAACCAUGGAGCUCAACAGGAAAGAGAACCAGCUCUUCUUGCAGUCCAGCAACAACCCGGUCAUGAAGCAGAUGGCUCCCCAAACAAAGACUGACCUUAUCAAGACGCCCUUAAUUUCAUCAUCAGAUGACAGCAUGGCAUUGAAGCCGGUGGCGCAGCAGCAAAAGAUGCAACUGAUCAAGGGAGAACGCCAUCUUUUCUCGUCAUCUGAUGACAGUGUGUUGACGAAGCAAAUCAUGGCCACACAUACACCGGAUGGCCGUGAGGUCGAAGUCAAGCCAAUUCUUUACAUUGUUGAAGAUAUCUUGCACCAAGCCAACCCUUCUUUAAUAUUGACACCACAAACUCAACUGGAAUAUGUCGAUGAAACUACACAUCGUGCUGAAGUUGUUUCUAUGCUUGAAGCUUUAGCAUACACUGUUCACAGGAUGUCAAGCGAGAUCAACUAUAAAUGCGCAAUUGGUGGAGAUGGGCAUGCAACAACACUGGCCGUUUUACAAUCUCUGUCAAACUACACUUGGGAUGGCAAACUAGUUGUUGCACUUGCAGCCUUCGCAUUGAGUUAUGGCGAGUUCUGGCUCACUACUCAACUCCACACUGUGAAUCCUAUGGCCAAAUCAUUGGCACAUCUUAAACAGCUGCCAAAUAUACUGGAACACACUGAUAUACUGAAGCCAAGGUUUGAUGCCAUUAAUAAUCUUAUAAAUGCAAUGCUUGAUGUCACCAAAUGCAUUGUUGAGUUCAGAGAGCUUCCACCUGAGUACAUCCCUCAUGAUGCACCGGAGAUGGCCAUGGCCUUGGCUCAUAUCCCAACUGCUGUUUAUUGGACCAUUAGAGGGGUAGUUGCUUGCAUCGCUCAGAUUGUUGGUCUCAUUGGUCUGGGCCAUGAUUACAUGACCUCCACCACAGAGGCAUGGGAGCUCUCAAGUUUAGCCCACAAAGUUAACAACAUUCACGGCCACUUAAUUAAGCAAUUGAACACAUGCCAACAACAAAUAGGUGAGAGGAAACAUAUGGAGGCUUACCAGACGCUAGUGAGACUAUUUGAAACUAUUCAUCUUGACAACAUAAAGAUCCUCAGGGCUCUCAUGUACUCAAAGGAUGACCUGCCUAUCAUUGACGGCAUCACCAAGAAAAGAGUCAGCGUUGACGUACUGAGGAGAAAGAUAGUCAUGCUAUUCAUCUCCGAUCUUGAUAUCUCACAUGAAGAGCUCUUUGUUUUGAUUCAAAUAUACAAUGACACACACCAAGGAAGGAUGGAGAGGCACUACGAGAUAGUAUGGCUUCCUGUCGUCGACCGCCAUGUUCCUUGGCUACAGUCAAGAGAAGAGAGCUUCAAUCGCUUGGCAUCAACAAUGCCAUGGUACUCGUUGGUGCAUCCUUCAUUGUUGGACAAGGCGGUGGUGAAGUACAUCAGGGAGAUGUGGCAUUUUGACAAGAAGCCAAUGUUGGUGGUGUUGGAUCCACAGGGGAAGUUGGUGUGCCCCAAUGCACUUCACAUGAUGUGGAUUUGGGGUAGUUUAGCCUUCCCUUUCACUAGCAACAGGGAGGAGGCUCUAUGGAAGGAAGAGAUUUGGAGGCUUGAAUUAUUAGUUGAUGAGAUUGAUCCUGCCAUACUUCAAUGGGUGACUGAAGGAAGGCAUGUAUGUCUGUACGGAGGAGACAACUUAGACUGGAUAAGAAGGUUCACUACAACAAUGAGACGCGUCGCUCAAGACGCAAGGGUCCCAUUGGAGAUGGUCUACGUGGGAAGGAGUAACCCAAAAGAGAAGGUCAAGAGAGCAAUGUCAGUCAUUGCAGCUGAGAAACUGAGUGGGUAUUGGACAGACGUGGCCAUGAUAUGGUUCUUUUGGGUCCGUUUGGAGAGCAUGUGGCACUCCAAGAUGCAACAUGGUCGCACAGUUGAGGAUGAUCCAAUAAUGCAAGAAGUGAUGCAGAUUCUGAGCUUCGACGGCAGUGAAGAAGGCUGGGCGGUCAUCAGCCGGGGCUCAGUCGAGGUCUUAAAGUCACAGGGAAAGAAGCUGCUGGAUUGUCUGAUGGAGUAUGAUACUUGGAAAGGCACUGUGGAGCUGGAGGGGUUCAUUCCGGCGCUGGGGAAAGCACUGCUGCCUUAUCAGACUCAUGAGCACUGCACCAGGCUUAUACUUCCAGGUGAGACUGGCAAGUUUGGAGAGAAGAUUGUGUGCGCUGAAUGUAAGAAACCCAUGGAGAAGUAUGUGCUUUAUCGCUGCUGCACUGACUGAAUGGUACGCUAAUGAUGGUGUUCUUGUGUGCUGCUUCUGCUCCUUGUGUUGCUUUGAUUUCCUGUUUUUCUUUUUUGUUUUAAAAGGUGAUGCUUUCUCUGAUAAUAAGCUACUUCAUUAUUGUGUUUGUUUGAAGAAAUAAAUAAAUCAUAUUUUGUUGAAA